AUGGUUGAAGCAACACUGCGCUCCCCGCUCCAGUGUUGCCAGUCGUCGUCAGUUUAUGUAGACAUUUCAAACAACAACAAAUUCAAAAUGGCAGAGAUGGCGGUGGACGGGCGGGCGCAGCAAGUUCUGGAUCUUCUUCUCAAAUUCUCCGUUGACAAGCUUGAUUCAGCAUGGAUAAAGAAUGUAAUAGACGCGGAUUUCACAGAGGUGGAGGAUUUGCCACCGGAGUUCGAGGAUCUCCACUGCAGCACCAAUUUCAGUGGGUUGUUCGGCGCUGUGAUCGGGUCCUGUAGGCAGUGGAUUGACACAAUGCCAGCUCUCAACGACGACAGCGACAGGAGAACUUCGACGUCCAACCUCAACAGGUCUACAGAGGAGGAGAGAGGUGAGGUCGAAACACACACAAGAUUCUGGAUUGAUUUGUCCGAAAAUGUGAAUUUGAAAGGGCUGAUGUCACUGCUCUUUUUUUACAUCUUCCGAGGUCAGAGGUAUGAUGCCAAGGAGGAAGAUCGUGAGCUGGGCAUCCAGGCGGCCAGCCUCUAUUUCCUCCUCCUCUCUGUGCCAGGAAGCAAUGCCUUCCGUGUGUUCCACCCCGUCAUGUACCUCAAAGCUCUAGAUAUCCUGCGCCUGACAACUAAAUUGCGUGUGGGAGCUGUGAGCCCAAAAAAAGGGCGUCAAGGUGGUGUUAGAGGUAGUCAGAGGAAGUCGCAUGAGGAACUAAUGGCAGACAUGGAGGAUGACGAUGAAGCUGAAAUAACAAUGCUUACUCCAAGUGAGGCAAACAAACUCAUUCGAUCUUUGAAUAUUCUUCUUAAUGAUUUCUUGAGGCUCUCCCAACGGUUCUCAUUGAAACAUUCACCAGAGUCAAUGGAUGAGACCAUUAGUAUUCUUGUUGAUGUGUCACGGUCAGAAACCCACAAUGCCCAAGGAAUCUUUGUUGGCAGACAUGGCCCAGCAACUGUCACAGCACUAGCGUACAAUGCUUAUGUGGCACUGCAAUCUAUAUGCAACCCCAUUCAUGGUAAGGUAAACAAAAUUGUUAUUAUGAUUAUGAAGCACAUAAUGUACAAUAUUCUUAUGAUCAGUCGAGGGUCUUCAGACUUGUCAGCUCGAUCUUUAGGGGUUAUACGAGACCAUUCCCUCAUCUUUGUCAAGUACAUAUUGACGCAAGUGAAGGAGGAAGCACAUGAAGGUGUAUAUAUCCUUAUCCAGCACUUAUGCAUUCAGGUCCCAGACAAGGCAGAAUUUAGGCAAAAAACUGCACAGUCUGUUGUGGAAAUAUUGCGCUAUCUUCCCAUCCAGUUGUACACAAAACUGAUGAAAUGGUUCUUCAAGUUCUCCCAUAACGAAAAGGCAGGUCACAGGCUUUUCCUACUGGAGGUCAUCUCAAAGAUGCUAGGUGAAGAAGAACGCCAAGCUGAGGGCUCAGAUAAUCGCCCAGUGCAGAACAGCACUCAAGAGGUACAACCUCCUCUCAGAACAAUAAGAGAGGGUCAAGAGGAAGAGGAAGAGUCUGAAGAUGACAACAGCAGUAGCAGUUUUGACAAUGUUAGAGUAGAUCAUUCGGUAAAUGUCCCACCGGAUCGAAAUAUUCUCUCCCAUAAAUUUUUACUGAGUAUUAUAUUUUCAAGGUGUCGUGAUAGUGGAGCUACUGUCCGUUCAAAAGCGUUGGCCUUGCUGGCAGAAUGCACAUUUUCUACCAAUCCAACCAUUAUGCUUGCUAUGAAGCAAAUAUUUUUCCGUUCUCGGCCAACAGUCUUUACAACUCCACACAUUGAAAAUAACAACAUCAAUAUGGAAUCUCCACUCGAGCUAGAAGAUGAGGAUCUUGAUUUACCAAAUGCUUCCUUAGUUGUUUCUAUGCUGCAUCGUCGGGCACUGGAUGACAAGGUUACUGUACGGAAGUCAGCUUUACAGGUUUUAGAAAACUUAAUGAGAAUUGACAAUGAGAUGCUUACGGAUAAAAAUAUUGAGGAAAGACAAUUGCAGGUUUGCAAGUUUCAGGGCAAUAAACUCCCAAAAUCACAAUUUUCUAAGAAACUUACAGAAAUUACUCAAAUAUCAAAAUGA